AUGUCUGACAUAGUAAAGCAGGGAUACGUAAAAUUUCAAUCUAAAAACUUGGGCAUAUGGAAAAAAAGAUGGUUGGUACUGAAAAUGCACUCCAGAAGGGGACCAGUCAGAUUGGAGAAGUAUUCGGACGAGGUGGCAUCACUGAGUUCCGGAAAGUAUCGUAUGAUUGAUCUGUCCAAGGUCGAGAACAUCUACAGGCUCCCGGAUUUCGAGAAGAAAUGCGCCAUUCAUAUAACCGUCGAUUGCAUGCAGUCGGUUCAGUUUUCCGUUGAUUCUGAAUUAGAAUGCGAAAACUGGUUGAAAAUGAUCCAGGGUGAAAUACAAGGAGCCCUUAUUAACAGAGUAUGCGUAAAUAUUUAUUCACCAGACUCAUUCAACGUCUACCUGACAAAGCACCCGAAACUGCCGACCCACGGCGAAUGUACCAUGGAGAUCACGGAUACGGAAAUCCGUCUACUUAACCACAGGGAUCAGGAAAUUGUAUUCUGGCCUAUUAACAAGUUAAGGAAGUAUGGAGUGGAGAGGAACAUGUUCACUAUUGAAGCUGGCAGAUCGUGCGUGACGGGGGAGGGUACAUUUGUGUUUGAGAGUGAGGCUUCCGACGACAUAUACUCCAGGGUCAACAACGUCAUCAAGUCUCAAGCGCUCGCCAAGAGAAACGAAGUUAGUUUGGGUGUUUGCAAUCGAGAAUUUUGUCACGUUCUUCAUAUUCUUUUGUGUUUUGUUGACCAUAUUUUGGUUGUAGUGUGGUAA